AUGGAUGUGAAAUCCGUGUCUUUACCGCCUUUUCAGACAAGCCAGGUACGCCGGACACCUCAUCGAUAUGUUCGAUGGGGAUUACCCCUGACUGCUGCGGUCUUACUUUUUCUGUUCUGGGCUGUUCGACUGCCCUGGAGGGUGGCAGUGGCAGGGCCUUUGGACAUUCCCAGUCCAGUAACAUGGGACGAAAUAGUUGCUUCACAGUCGCUGGAGUACUACAAUUGCGGCGAUGAGUUCCAAUGCGCGAGGCUAGAAGUGCCUAUGGACUACCAGCGAACAGAUGGACAAGGUCGCACGUUCGCUCUGGCUGUUGUCCGACUGCCAGCAAAGGUCCCAGUCACAGAUCCGCGGUAUGGAGGUGCGGUUUUGAUCAAUCCCGGUAAGUGA